AAAGAAGUCUUCCCUGAAAUUGUUAAUAAAUAUUCACCCCAAGGGAUCGAUUGGCAGUUUAUACCUCCAUGUUCUCCACACAUGGGCGGACUUUGGGAAUCAGCAGUAAAAAGCUUUAAGUCCCAUUUAAAGAAAACGGCUGGUAAUCAUAAAUUUAAUUAUGAGGAGUUUACUACAUUACUCACUCGUAUCGAAGCCGUGUUAAAUUCAAGACCCAUAUCAUCCCUCUCGCAAGAUCCCUCCAAUUUCACAGCUCUUACACUAGGUCAUUUCCUCAAAGGAGCUCCUUCACGAAUUCAGCCACAGAUGGAAGGAAGACUAUCUCAAGGAUCUCCAUAAGAGAUAUCGAUGGAAAACGGCCCAGGAGGAAGCCAAUGCAGGAGAAUGCGUCAUCAUAGAGGACGAAUGCCUUCCUCCAACAGAAUGGCGACUAGGCCGCAUUGAAAAGUUUCAUCGAGGACCAGAUGGUGACAUACGAGUAGUCGAUGUUCGAACAGAAACCGGAAUAUUAACUCGACCAGUCACUAAACUGUAUAUUCUUCCAAACAGCGAAGAACAACUUCAACCAAAACCGUAAAAUAACUCGCAAAAUUAAUCGAAAAAUAAUAAAUCAAUUCCGCUAAUUCGAAAUUAACCCGCUUUAUAAUCCGUACAUAAAAGUAAAAUCAAACAAGCGCGUUGAAGAUCAACCUAUUAUACAUAUACAUAUAGAUACAUAUGUAGCUACAACAACUAUAUCAUAACAUUAUAAAUAAAAUCAAUUUAAUGCAAUCUUAUAUUCUCAUAGAAAUGGACGUAGAGGAGACCCAAACCACCUCCAACACCGUAAGGUCCGAAAUCGCUGCACCCAAAGCGUCGACUGCACCCGUUGCCGCUCCAAGGACCAAUGUUAUGCGCCCACCGCCAUCCGCCGCAGCAAUCAGGGGAAUUAGAGAAGAGCAGCUAAUGGAGCCGCAGGGGCCUCCAUGUUGCAGUCUGUGCCAUCGCCCACACGUCCUGAAACGAUGCACCAUCUUUCAAAGUAUGAAGCCCGCUCAACGACAACAGGUUGCAAGGGCCCACGGGCAUUGCAUGACCUGCCUGGCAGAUGACCACGCCACCAUAGAGUGCUGGGCCGACGGUGCCUGUCAAUAUUGUCAAAGGCCGCACCACACUCUGUUCCACCGAUUUCCCACACGAUCCAAUCGCACCAACUCCCGUACCAGACCACGCAGCGAUCCUAUCCGGCGACGACGACGCACCCAACCAACCACCACACGUACACGGCCAUUUCCGCCACGCCACGCUCAUCGCCAGCAACAACGACGCUCAACAGGGUUGAGCGCUGCAUUUAGUACACUACAACAGCUGCAGAGGCUCCUAGCCGAUUAAUUCGCCUAGGGGGGCCGGGAUGUUCACAUGAGCUAUGAACUGCAACAUCUCCCAUCGCAUCACCUCCCGUUACGUCACAUCACAUCACAUCACGUCACGUCACAACACCUCGUCACACAACAGUUCACAGCAUACACCAAUACACACACACGCAUCAAACACAGUGCUUAACACCGAUCAUUACUACAACACUAUAACACAACAACUACACGAUUAUCAACGAGGCGACUCGUAAUCAGCAACUAUUCACCACCAUUUUAACCGCAACAAUCACCGCAAUUUCUGUUUUUAACAAACCGCCAAGUGACGGGAGUGGCGGGAAGCACCGAGUUCGCCAACAGUGCCCAACAGUGGACUUUCUUCAACCAACCGUGUUAUAUAAUCGUACACAAUAAAACAAUAUUAU